GUCGCAGGUUUGAAAGAAAAAAAAUCCCAACGGGAACAAGAAUCGUAGCUUGGUUACAAAUUCCAAAUUAGGGUUCAAAAGAUCGGAAUUUUCAUAACAGGCGGAAGUCAUUAGUUUCACUCACUCUUCUAAAGUGUUACAAAUCGCAAAUUUGGGUUCAAAAGACUGAUAGUGAAGCUUAAAUCGGUUUAUAGGAAGAUCUGCGGCAAAGAAGCGUUGAUUGGAAAGACAAGGGUGAAAAUAAUUUGCUUUUGUAAUGUCUAGAUUGGUGUGAACAGUGUGAAAGAAGUCCUAAACCAUGUUGAAUUCCAAACAUUCAAAUCGUUGGUGUUUGGGCAUUUAUUGGGCAUUGGAUAUAUUAAGUGGGUAAACGGGCAAUUGUUAAUCCUUCUAGCUCUAAAUUACAUGGAACCCUUAAAGGAAAGAGACAUGGUUGAUAGUGUUGUGUUUUACAUGGGAGGUAGAAUGCUAAAACUGAAGAAGAGAGACUUUUCUAUGAUCAUGGGCCUUAAGUUUGGGUCUUAAGAGAUACAUGAUGGCACUGCUUUGAUGGAGCCAAAUGACCUGACUAAAAGGUACUUUGAAGGGCAUAUGAUAGUAAACCGUGAUGAAGUCGAGAAUGCAUUCGACAAAACAAAACAAAAAAACCCCAAGAUGCUGCGAAAUUAGCCCUACUUCACAUGCUUGGAGACUACGUGACUGGAAACCAAGGAGAGAAGAAAAAAUGCAUAAUGAAGGAUAACAACAAGACAUUAUGGGCACAAGCAGCGCAAUCCACCAAGGCACGCGUCCCUAGAGGAAGCAGCUUUUGCCUUUUUGGGCACGACGAGAUAAAGUGGAGGCCAAGGAUUGUACAUGAAUCAGAGAAGAGAAAUGAAGUCAGUAUGAACUUUUUCAGAAAUGAUAAUGCAGAAGAGGAGGGGGAUUUUGAAAAACUCAAUACACAAGAACUCAAUGGGCAAUGGGACAAGCUGGCUCUUGAGGUAAAGGCUAGAAUGAAUAAGGGGAAGGAGAAAAGCUUUGAACAAGUUGAAUAUGGAGCGGAGGGGUUGAGUGGACUAGUAGGCGAGUCACGUGAGAUUACCGAAAGAGGUGCGACCAAACGCAAUGGUGGGUACACCAAGUGUACACAAUACAGACAUAAAGACAUUGAGUCUGUGUGUCUAUUUUUACCUUAGUGUACAUUUGGUGUACCCCAUGUAGGGUUCUCCAAGCAUUUUCCCAACUUUUGAUAUCGGCACCAGAGAAGUCUUCUAUGGUCUAUCAUCUAUGGAAGUAUAUUAUUUGACAUAGACUUCAUUAUGCAAUCACUUACGUGAAUGGAAAGGGAAAAAAGAAAGGAAAGCCCCUCUU